AUGUUUGCCAAAGCCUGCAAAGAGCUACAACGUGAAAAUGAGGGAAUACGAGCCCUACUACGAACCAUGAACCUGUGGGAAUCAAGAGUGGACGGUUUGAACAAGAAAAGCAAUAGCAAUAUCAUUAUAAAUGGAAAUAAUUAUUUGAUUCCAGAUUCUGUUGCAUGCUAUAUGCUUUUGGCUAAGCUAUAUUGUGCGGUUGGUGAUAUCCCUAGGGCAAGCAUGCAUUAUUCACAAAUCUUAAAGUUAAAUCCUUUCAUUUUCGAAGCCUUUGAAGAAUUAGCUCGUCUUGGUGUGCAUGUGAGAGUUGAUGCAAUUUACAAAAAUAAGGAUUACUCUCCCUCGGGCACUUUAUUUCACUCGGAUUAUGGAACACGUUUGGAUGAACCAAUAUUAGAAGCGGAAAUGGAGCAAGAUCUAGAUCUCAACGAUGAUACAGAACUCAGUGAAGUUGGUGCCAACGAAGAACCAAGUGAAAAAUAUGAUGAUGGGCACACUGGCACUAGACGAGGCAAACUGUUUCCAUCAGGAGAAUAUGCAGAUAAGUCAAGGGAACGUGGAAGCAAAAAUAUCAUUUUUAAGACUCCCAAAGGCAAACCCAAACCCUCGAGUAUACCCACCAGUAGUCCAGAGUCAACAUUUAUCACUCCUGUUACCAAGAGCUAUAGUAAAGUACAGGCAUACAAUAAGUCAAUACCAAGUAAAAGCUUACCAGGUGCAAAAAGUUCAAGCUCUACUUUAAAUAGUUCAAUACCUCGGAAGGGUCCUUCAAUUACCUCAAGAUUGCUUCAUAAUCCAACUAGUAGUGAUGAUGACAUCAAUUUCCUUAAAAAAGAUACCACUGCUGGCUCCAAAAGGGAUAUGCUUAGCGCGUUUGGUAUAGUCAAUGGAAACAAUGAUCAUGAUGUGAUGAGAAAUUUGAGCAAUGAAUAUUUAUUAUCAGUCUAUUAUAAGCUUGCUAAGGGAUACUUGGCAUCAACCACGUAUGACUGCUUCAAAGCUAUAAGAAUUUUCGAUUCACUACCGGAAAAUGAACGAAAUACGCCAUGGGUUCUAUCGAAAUUAGGCCGGCUGCAUUUUGAGAUUGUCAAUUACGAAGAAGCAGAAAACUAUUUUGAAAAACUUCGUAAAAUAGAUAGAACCAGACUGGAUGAUAUGGAGUAUUACUCUACACUGUUAUGGCAUUUACAUAAAGAAGUCGAGUUGAGUUAUUUGGCUCAUGAGCUCUUUGAAGUUGAUCCUAAUUCUGCAAUCUCAUGGAUAAGCAUAGGUAAUCUUUUCAGUUUUAGAAAAGAGCCUGAAGAUGCUGUAAGGUGUUUCAGCAAAGCCAUCGAAUGUCAAUCUACAUGUGCAUACGCUUAUACAUUGCAAGGCCAUGAAUAUCUUGCUACAGAUGCGUUUGAAAAUGCUCUGAGCAGUUUCAGACAUGCAAUAGUACUGGACAAAAGGCAUUAUAAUGCAUUUUAUGGUAUAGGUAUGGUAUACCUGAAACUUGGAGAUUUUCGAAAAGCGGAGUUUCAUUUUCGAAAAGCAGUUGAGAUCAACCCUGUCAAUGUGAUUUUGAUUUGUUGCGUAGGCAUGGUUCUGGAAAAGUUGGGGAGGAAAGAAGAGAGUUUGAAACAGUACGAGUUUGCCACCAAACUGCAGCCGUUAUCGAUGUUGGCACUAUUCAAAAAGGCUCAGGUACUAUUCAGUCUGAAGCAAUACGAUGACGCUUUGAAAGAUUUUGAAAAGCUCGAGAACCUGGCGCCUGAUGAAGCCAGUGUCCAUUUCCUUCUAGGAAAAUUAUACAAGCAUUACGGUCGCAAGCAUGAAGCUAUCAAACAAUUUACUAUCGCAUUGAAUUUGGAUCCUAAAGGCUCGCAUUUGAUUAAAGAAGCCAUGGAAAACUUGAAUGACGAUAUGGUUGAAUGA